AUGACGGGUGAACCCGUCAAUAUCGAGGACAUAGAGGAGGCCGAGAUCAAGGGCGAGAAUGGCGAAAUGUACCUCUUCCAAUGGCUGUCUGCAACUGAGAAGGCUAUCAAGUCGACUCCGUUGGAAUAUCUUAAAACCAAACAAGCCGAUGUCGAAAGCGCACUGGUGAAGGUUAUACUUUCCCACGAGCCAUAUCCGGUCCCAGGACGCGCCUUACGCAACUGCGCCGCGCGAUGCUUCGUUUUAUUGUACACCCGUGGCGAAACGCGAACACUCUUCGACACACUGCAAGCCUUGAUUAAGGUCGUCAUUGAUUUCAAGACGCCUGACCGUGACUCUCACAAGAUUGCAGCAUUCUCGGUUAUUGGAGAUCUGAUGAAGGUUUUCGGCUCGCAGUUCAUGUCCUUCAUGAUGGAGAUUACGACGACAGUGAUGCGCACCGUGCGAUCUUCGUCUACUCCUUUGUUACGAUAUCACGCCCUUAUUGCCCUCCAACAAUCUUUGACUACAGCCAGUCGUGCUGUGACUGAGGCAGCGUUCAAAGACCUUUCGAAACAAAUGCGCAAUGCCCUCACAGAUAAAUGUCUUCCUGUUCAACGCGGAGCUGCCGAGGUGCUCAUUGCCCUCUACUCUGGUCCAGACCAGCCACUCCCGUCGGCGGCUGAUGUCGAAGCGAUUCUAGCCCAGUGCAUCAAGUCCCUAGAUGCAGCUGAUCAGUUAACUCGAAAUACUCUGGCCUUGCUUGUGGGGCAUGUUUUAGCAUCAACUCAAACUGCUCGUCAAAUCGUCGUUGCGGAGCCCAAGGCAGCGAAAAAAGACAAGAAGCCGGGAGAGGCCGACGACGACGACGACGAUAUCACCCCAGCCGCUGCCCAUGCAGCUGCCGAUAGUAUCAAACCAACUCUGACGCCCUCAGAGAUGUUUACUGCUCUUUCUACCCAUCUCAACAAAUCAACAACGCCCCGCAAGACUCGUAUUGGGAUUUUCGACUUUUAUGCGGCGUUGAUCACGAAACUGGGCGCUUCUUUCGUCGAGGCGCACUAUGCAUUGAUCAUAUCUCAUUUAACAACCGAAAUAAUUGUCGGGCCUCUGGGACGCGUCGCACGGACCCGAUAUGAAAAUUUGCUUAUGCGGUCACUUGUUGGAACGUUGCUCCGUGAUCUGAUCGGAGAACGGAUGCUCAGCGAACAGGGCCAAAUUGGUGCCAUACGGGAGCUGGCCAAUGUCUACCUCAAACGAUGGCCGGCUAUGAUGCCAGGAUCCACUGCGCCAGGGAAGCAUGUGCUUGUAGUUGUGCUUCGAGAGGUUGCAGGAUUAUUACAGCAGUUGGGAAACGCUCCGCCCCCCGUUCAAGAUGCUGUUUCUGAACCUUUGGUUACACUCCUUGCCCACCCAAAUCAUACUGUGCGCGUGAAUGCAGCCUGGGCGUUGCGUUGUUUCUGUCAUUCAACACCUUUGCGCCUUCCUAAGACUAUCAUUACCGUUAUGGAGUUGUUACAACGCGACCUAACUCACCUGCUUACACCCACCACUUCCUCCGACGUUCCAUUUCGAGCUCUGGGCCAUGCAUAUGGUCUUGCUGCGCUCGUGUCUAUAAUACCAGCGCGUCCACUGUACGUUUCCUACGAUGCGUCCGCCAAAGUCCUCGAUAUGGCCACCACCAUUCUCAAGCGAGCGGCCGAACAUGAUGUACGUGUGGCUGGGACAGAGGUGGAGGUUGCUUGGACCACUCUUGCUGCACUGAUGGCUCUCGGCCCUAAUUUUGUGCGACCACAUCUGCCUCAACUUCUUGUUCUGUGGCGCAACGCACUUCCAAAGCCAACAACCAAAGAUGCUAGCGCUGGCAGGACUCAUGCAGAAUGGGGAUUUCUGUUACACGUCCGAGAAAGUGCUCUUGGCGCCAUUCUCUGUUUUCUGCGACACAACUCUGGAACACUGGUGACUUUGGACGUUGCUCGGCGUAUUGCUUCUCUUUUAAGUAAUGCACUUUUAUUCGCAAACAACUUUGUUAGUCCUGCAGUACAAGAUGCACUCGGCCUAUCAGAUCCGACUUCCCAAAUUGCUUUGCAGCAGGCGGCAAUCUCGGCGUCAUCCGGGACUCUCCCGCUUCCAGUACGAGAAGCGCUUCUCCGCCGACGAGUCCACCAAUGUUUCUCUGCACUUGGCUUCAGUGGCAUCACCGAAGUCACACAGAGCACAUUACUCCAGUCUUGUGUUUCACUGUUUUCUAGCCCAGAUUCUUAUCCUGGCUCUGGAAGCGCCGUGCAGGCAGCAAUCGCUGCUUCUUCAGGGACUUUUGCGGGCAUUUGGACGAGCAAUGGCGAUGGAUAUGCUCAUGGGGUCACUUUCAUCGACAUUUCGGAUGAAAUCGGAGAGGAUGGGAAGAAAAUGAAGGAGAGGGAUUCUCUCAAUCGAGACUCGGUUGAUGUUGCAAUUGAUAGUCUGCUUCGUAAGCCGAUUCUUGGAGCAUGCGAGCACGAUCCAUUGUCUCUGUGCCAGGCUCGACUGUCAAAUGACGAAUAUCAACUGGACGAGCCACCACCAGCGUUAACUGCGGUGAUCGACACUGCCAUUGAACUAUUUGCCCAGCUUCUUCCUCUUCAAGACCUCGCAACAACAACUAAAAUCGUCACACUUCUCGUAGAAUCUGUUCGCUCUCCGAAAUUGGAAAAGAAUACCGGGCGCAAGGCUGCUGUCUCAAUCAAUGGAGCUGUGGCAAUUGUGCUCGCUCUUCGCCAAGCAAUGGCAACACAAGCUCGUCGUGCAAGAGAUACAUUUGGCGCUUCCCAAGUAACGUCACUUCUUUCGCCCUUUUUGAAGGAUACGCUGGUCGAGGGUGACCCUGUGAUGCGGGUGGCUAGUAGCGAAUCAAUCGGCCGACUUGCCAACCUAGCAGGGACCAACUUUUUGACAGCGCAAACGAAAUCUCUUGUCGACCAGGUUGUCAACAACAGAGAUCCUCACGGACGGGCUGGAUGCGCUCUUGCGUUUGGUGCCAUUUAUAGUCACGUGGGAGGACUCGCUGCUGGUCCACUCUUGAAGACGACGGUCAAUGUACUGAUGUCUCUGAGUAACGACCCCCAUCCUGUUGUUCACUUCUGGGCGUUGACUGCACUGGGAACUGUUAUGCAUGCAGCCAGUCUCGCGUACGCUCCCUUUGUUCCCAGCACUCUAGGCCUGCUACUCAAAGUUUAUACGAUGGAAUCUCACGAGCGUGAAGGCGGCACACUUCCGAAUGCCAAUUUGAGCGGAGAUUACCCUGCUUAUCCUGUUGUUUGUCAAAUAACUGACGCCAUCAUUACCAUUCUUGGUCCAGAUAUGCAAGAAUCCUCCCGAACACGGACACUCAUCCUCAACCUCGUCCACGAUUUCUCGCUUGAAAGUGACAACAGUAUUCGUGUCGAAGCUAUCAAGUGCACUCAACAUUUCCUCAUGUUCGCUCCUGAACACAUCGAUAUUCCCGAGUUGGUCACGCAGUUCCGGGUUUAUCUUGCUUCUUCACAACGGCCGUUGAAGCUUGCCUCCAUCAACGCGCUCUAUCAGCUAGUUCAAAAAGAUGCACUCGCAAUGUCGCGCCUCGGCGGAGAUCGUCUUGUUGAAGACCUUUUUGGAAUGCUUGAUGACGAUUCCUCCGUUCAAGGUGUCCGGGAUGUUAUCACCAGCUGGCUACAGCAAACGGUUGUUCAUAACCCAUCCGCUUGGAUUGAUCUGUGUCAGCGGAUCAUGUCGCGGACAACGGCAUCUCAACAGGUUGUCGAUGCCGCGUCUGGUCAAGGGCCACGGGAUGACGAAGGUGAAUCUCUCAAUGUUGGUCUGGACGGAAGCUCUAGUGGACGCAAACUGGGGACGUCGCGAUGGAGGACGCAGCUUUUUGCCCUUCAAUGCCUCCAUACGAUUUGCACCAUCAUUUCGACGAGUGGGCGGAGAGAACACCUCGAUAUCCGUUACGCUCGGACCCUCGGGGUUUCGCUAACUCAGCUGCUUUUUUCCAGGGUGCCUGAUCUCAUAAAAAUGGCUUUCACCGCGUCAGCCGCAUAUGUGACGGAGAUUCGUUUAGAAGGAUUAAUUGUUCUUCGUGAUGUCAUUGAGAUAUUUGCCACCUCUCCCGACCCGGCCUAUGAUGAUGCCCUCCUCUUAGAACAACAUCAAGCACCGAUUACAGCUGCACUUACGCCUGCAUUUUCUUCUGAUUCCACUCCAGAAAUUCUCGCCUCGGCGGUCCACGCGUGUGCGGUGUUUGUAGGAUGCGGUGUGGUCAAAGACGUCGGACGAAUGGGAAGGAUCCUAAAGCUACUAACUGCCGCUUUAGAUCAAUCACAGGACUCUGGAAUGUUGUCAUUGGGUGACACUGGCGAGCUUAGCCCCAAUGCUUCUGCGAUGUUGAGGAUUUCAACGCUGUCUGCUUGGGCGCAACUUGAGAUUUCAAGUGUGCAACAGUCAUACUUGGUCGAUGUUAUCAAGCCUUACCGAGCGACUCUGGCUUCCCUGUGGCUGGCCUCGCUCCGUGAUUACGCCAGCAUUCGAGUAGAUUCGGAGUUCCUGCACGACACCUCGUCAAUUGCACUCGACUCUUCUUACUCCAGUCUUGGCAAAGAAGUUCUCUUACCCUACUACGCUAAUUCUUGGUCCGUGAUCCUGCAAGCCGUUGCGACCACCAUGCAAGCAAACGAUCCCAAUAUACUCAUAGUGAUGGAUGGCCUCGAACCUGGCAAAGAUGCAACUGUGCCUCCGAAAAACACUAAGCGCACUGAACCGACGAUGUUCUUCUUCAUCAUUUUUGGCCUUGUGUAUGAGGCGCUUGCAACUGCGUCAUCUGAAGCGAGUUCGCCUACUGCCUCACGCCAAGCCACCGUCAUUGCGGCACUUCAAACACUAAAAUCUCUUGUUCGACCUGAAUAUGCUGGAAAAGCGAUGUUCGAGCCCGCGAUUUUUGACGAAUUCAUCAGUCUAUGCUACCGUAUGGCCAUGACGGAAACCGCUGGAAUUCAAGCACACCUUAUCGAAGUUCUCAGUACGAUGACAUCGACUCAAAGCCCUUAUGUUGAUGAGUCUGAUCCACUGUCCCACCCAUCAUUACGAUCUCACUGCUUACGGAUAUGCUCGCAUGUCCUGCGACAUUCCACCUCGGCUGCAAGAGGCUCUAUUAUUCAUGGUGAUGUGCCUGAUCGGAUCAAGAUGAUCAUGACGGCUUUCACGGCCUUCGUUUCUGUGGCAAGUUCGGUGCAAGGAUCUCAUCGAGAAGAUGUGCGCGGGGUUGGGAUUUUACUCUAUAGCGAACUGCUCAAAGACGAGUCAUCGGAGAUUGACCUGGUUGGCCCUACAUUGCCGGCUCUUAAGUCGCUUCUCGAUUUACCAACAACAUCUGCUGCUGCUGCUGAGACAUACAGCAGGCUUGUCCAUGGCCUGAUCUCCGCUUGUUUGUUGAACGUUGACGAGAUGGCGGGACGGGAUGGUGCUAUGUCGACCAAAAAGAUCAAGAACAACCUACUAGCGGCCGUCCUCAUCCUGACCGUAAUCCCUCCGUCAGUCAAAGUGGGAGAACCGGUGAUUGAGCAUUGCUGCUAUCUUAUCACGCAGAAACUGCUGGACGUUGGAGAACUCUCGUUGCCUGCGAUGCAUUGCGCAAAAACCCUGAUUGUGGCAUCAACGUCCGGUAACCCAUUACUACACCAGUGCACCAGGUUGCUUGUCCCUGGGCUUGUAGAGUACAUCGCGAAGAUGGCACCUCUGGUCAGCGAUGGCACAAUAUCUGGACCUCAUGCUGCUGUUGUGGGUGAGGUGUGGAAGGCAUUCUCGGCGCUCUAUGGGUUUGCUCCAGAAGAACAAAAAGCCCGCCUACUGGGAGUUUUCCUGCCCACCAUCACCCUUUUGUUGUCAAAUCCACAAGCAGCAGCAACGGCGGUUACUACCCAAAGCAUACGCGAGUUAUUAACAUACGCGACCUCUUCGCCAGCGGCUUUCAAAGAAGCGGCCGGGAAACUGGAGCCUCCAAUUCGCGACUUGCUUGAGCAAUCCGUACGACGAGCCGUCGGGAGUAUCAACACUGCGACCUCUCAAACCACGAAACCCCAAAUUUCCCUCAGAUCAUUUUAG